UUACGUUGUUGAAUGUUGAGAGACGUGACAGGUGACAAAGGUGACAUUUAACUUUCAAGAGGUAUUUUAUUUUACAAUUUACAACAUUUUAAAACUGAAAAUAGUAGAAAGAUUCGAGCAAUAUGAUAUAACUGAAUUAAUUUUGUCUUCUCCAAACACCAACAAAUCACUAAAUCAGUAAUCUUCACAUACCUUUUUGUCACCAAAUCACCUGUUAUGAAAAUAAAAAAUUACUAUGGAUAACGAAGAGCAAGAGAACAUAGACGGUUCAUCCCAAGAAAAUAGGACAACCACACAAGACACAGGAACGCAAAUUCAAAACAAGGAAUCUGCCAGGUAUUGUUGGGUAUGUUUUGCAACCGAUGAAGAGGACAAAGAUGCCCAGUGGGUCCAGCCUUGUAAUUGCAGAGGCACUACAAAAUGGGUUCAUCAAGCUUGCUUACAGAGGUGGGUUGAUGAGAAGCAAAAAGGGGGCAACAUUGGGAAAGUUAGUUGUCCGCAAUGCCAGACAGAAUAUAUUAUAGUUUUUCCAAAUAUGGGGGUUCUGGUGCUAGUGCUAGAUACAGUAGAUAGCUUCAUAUACAAAGGAUGCCCGUUUCUAGCAGCAGGUAUUGUCGUAGGAGCUAUCUAUUGGUGUGCUGUAACAUAUGGAGCCAUUACUAUUAUGCAGGUUAUUGGACAAAAAGAAGGUUUGACGAUAAUGGAGCAGGCCGAUCCUCUUGUAUUGUUGAUUGGACUGCCAGCCAUUCCUGUGGCUUUAGUUUUAGGAAAAAUGGUCAGAUGGGAAGAUGCCCUGUUAAAUUUUAUGAGGAAGAACCUAUCGAAAAUUCCACUUAUUAGAAAUAUAUUACCUUUUGGGGGAUGUUCCCGAUUGGAGGCUUCUCCCAGUAAUUCAGACGCAGGAAACGAAGACAUUCCGCCUCUAUCGAAUCCGGUUUCGGCCACCAGGGUGCUCUGCGGCGCUUUAUUGCUGCCUACAAUAUCCAACAUGUUUGGAAAGUUCUUCUUCGAUUCCAUAAAAUCCAAUUUCCACAAAACGCUUCUAGGAGGACUCGCAUUUAUAGCUAUUAAAGGAUGUUUGAAGAUUUAUCACAAGCAACAGCAGUACAUUCGACAAUGUCAAAGGAAAAUCUUAGACUAUACAGAGUCCAACAUUACUACUUACUUGCAUAGGAGACGCGACGAAUAAUUCGAUUUGAUUUAGAACUAAUGUAAAGGAGAUGAUGGAAAAAUUGGCGAAUAAAAUUUUAUUACCUUUCGUUUUUGUACAGUGUUUGUAUGUUUUGGUGUUGUUAAUGAUUUGACUUCCAAAGUUGAUGCGGUAAUUUAUUUUAAAUCAAUAAAAUUUAUUUUAUUUACGAACUUUUCAUUUAAAAUGGAAGAGGAUUUAUUCCCUUUGAUUUAAACCUUGGGCGAAUUCAAUUGCAUGUACAUUAUUAAGUUCAGAUGCAUUUUUUGAGGACACAACACUUGAAAAGUAAAAUAAAAUUUAAGUAAAAAUUAAGUGUACUCGAAUUCC